UUGGACCUUUAUUUUGAAAUGUAUUUAGUAGCAGAGAGCGGAUGUUGCACAGACAGAUUGUUGCUAGCUUCACAAAGCGCAUAAAUCAUAUUUCCAGCGAAAGGUGGAGAGUGAGAUACAAAGCCUGUGUCCUUAGUGUUUGUUAUGAUUUUGUUGGUGAAUAUUACAAGGAUUACAUCCGUCGUCGGCAAGAAGAGGCGAUUCUUGUCUGUCUGACAGUCGCUAAUUAAUUGUGUUCUCGCAUCUACCGUUGUUGCUAGCUAGUGUGAAGCGGUUAGCUGGACAGCGUUAACGUCAAUAGGAGCUAACAUUAACGUCAGGUCGGAAGCGAAGAUCAUCAGUGGUGCUGUUUGACGGCAAUUAUGUGAUUAAAGGAGCUCCAAACGUCAGUGUAUGUAGCCCUACAGCCUACCAGAGGACAAUGAAAAACAAUUAGCUGAAGGCUAACGAUAUACAGCUAGCUGUACGAUUUGUAUUUGCUUUCCUCACUGCCACGGUGCCGUGUAUCUGUCCACGUCUCGUCUACUGUGUUUAACGUUGCCAGCUGAGCUAGGCCACGUCCCUGCGGGCGUAUUUCAUCUUACCUACUGACAUUGGACGAAUUACAGUGAAGAUGCCUAAUGCGCUGAAGGAGGAAGGAGAGUAAAGAUCAGUAGAAAUGUGAAAAGUCUUGAACAUUCAUGACUGUCUGUCUGUGUAGUAUUUGCUUUUCCGAGCGGUUGCCGCAUAUUCACGGCAUGUCACGUAGACGGAUGUGUUUUACAGCGGGAGACUACUCUCACUGAGCUCUGUAGGUUGCCUGAACCUGAAGUAACGUUACAUUUUGUUUUUGAAAUGGUGGGGUUUGGUGCAAACCGACGUGGAGGCCGCCUCCCGUCCUUCAUCCUCAUCUUCUUGAUGGUGAUCAUCGCCAUACUGUCUUUUAACUACUGGACAGUGUCCAACAAGCACAGCCGCUUGCUAGAUGAGCUGGCGGAGGUGCAGACGCAGGUGAAGCGCACGGACGCGGCGCGGAGCCGGCUGGAGAAGCGGAACUCUGAGCUGAUGGUGCAGGUGGACACACACAGGAAGCAGAUCGACCAGAAGGAUGGAGACUACAGCGUCCUGGAGGGCAAGCUGCAGGGCCGGGAGGCGCUUAUCAAAAUGUGCUCUGAUGAAAAGAUGAAGGUGCAGGGUGAUGUCACAGCUCAAAUGACAGAAAUCCAGCGGCUGAAAGAGCAGCUAAAGGAUCUGAAUCAGGAGUUAAUGAAACAAGAAGAGCAGCUAAGAGAAGUGAAGAAAAAUAGCACUACCUUGGAAAGAAAACUGGAGUAUGAGAGUUUACAGUGUGGACGUCAGAUUGCACAACUCAAAGACGAGUAUGAAGAAACAAAAAAGAGCCUGGAGGAAGAAGCGUCCAAACUAAGACAGAGUAUAAUGGACGGCCAAAAGGGUGCAGUGGCAGGUAGACGAACCGAGGGAGCGCCCGGGGCGGAGAUGGUUGGAGAGCGCCAUACAGUGGCCACUCACCGGCAUGACAGUCCGGAUUUAAAAGAAGAGAUGGGUAAGCCUGGCAGUGAUGCUGGCAUGCCUGGUAUUGAAGACAGUGAGGUGGGGAAGAUUGACGAUGUGCAAUUUGCCUUGAAGAAACCCGCCAUCACUCAGAAGCAUGAUGAGGAUGUAGUUGUGGGAGCUGGUGCUGGACCUGGACCUGGACCUGGAGUCGGGGCAGCUGAUGGCCCUGGGGGCCAGGGCCUGUCUCUGGAUCAGCCCAGGCUGCAGCAGGACAGAGUGGAGGGCCGAGCAGCAGUGGUUGCACUUCCAGCCAUCAUCAAACAGGCAGACAAACCGAUAGUGUUUGAAGAAGACAACAAGGCAGUUAUCAAGGCAGACGAACUGGGAGAACAACAAAGACAACUUCAUGCUCCUGAUAAUGUCAAAGGUGACAUCGAACACUUGAAGGGGAUUCCUCUGCCUCCUAACCCUGCCCAGGUGCCCAAUCCCCUCCAGCUUCACCCCGCCAAAGACCAAGUUCAAGCAGAGCCCGUACACCACCGCCAGAGCCGGUUCUUUGAUGAGAACGAGUCCCCAGUAGAUCCGCAACACGGCUCUAAGCUAGCGGACUACAAUGGGGAUGAUGGGAACGUGGGUGAGUAUGAGGCCGACAAGCAGGCCGAGCUGGCCUACAAUGAGGAAGAGGAUGGUGAUGGUGGGGAGGAAGACGUUCAAGAUGAUGAAGAUCGAGACAUGCAAGGAGACCGGGCUGUGGAUUAUGGGAAAAGACAUCAAGCCAUUGACAUUCUUUGAAUGGGAACUCGUACAGCUGUAACUCAUUAAACAUAUUCAGACUUUCCUCUACAACCAAGGUCUUUUCUUGAGAAAAUAGUUUGAACAUCAAUAUGUUUAAGAAUGUAUAGAGUGCAUCCUCCAUGUCAUGGACUAUUAUGGAAAACAGACAUUGCAACUAAUGAAUUAUUCCGAAUAACGUACCAUAAUACAAAGAAAAAAAUCAUGGCAUUGUCCUGAGCUGCUGUUGAUUUGCUAACGGUUCCAAGUUAUGGCAGUAGAGAUGAUAUACUGUACACUGACUGUUGAGUUUUGUUAUUUGAUAACUGCCCCUGAGUGAUCUGAAAAGGGCCCACAGCUGAACUUCAAGGUCGAACUGUAUUUUUGUUUUUGCUAUGUCAGGUUGCUGUUGCUUGAUACAAACAAACUCUUCAACUGAGAUGUUUAUAAACGACACUAAUUUCUCUAACAUAAUUUUUGGACUUUUACAUGGAAGAUAAUUUUUUCGUUUACAGGAGUGGGAAUGCAUUGAAAAUGCCAAGGACUUUGCUUAUGGCCUAUUAAAUCAAUUUAUUUUCUUUGUGACAAGACACGUAAAAGUGCUCCUCGUUCUGUUUUUUUUAUGAUGCCAUUGCAUGCAUUUGAAACUUGUUUUUAUUAAUAAUCAAACUGAGCAAAAUACUGAUGCUUGAGCAAUACUUAGAGCGUUGUUAGUAUCCUCCACAGUGUGCAAAGAUUAACCAAGCACAUAUAGAACUGACAUACUGUACACAUGCUUCCAUUAAUGAGGUCUCUUGUACAUAAUGUAGUUGAACUGUGACCAUUUGUACUGAGGAAACCUAAUUCCUCACCUUUUAGGGAAAUCGUGAACAUGAAAUCAGUUCUGUUUGUGCAGCCAGGAAAAUUGAUUUCUCAUGAAAAGGCACAUUGAAUGUAAUUUUAUUUUAUUAAAGGUGAUGCUUCGUGUCAUUU